AUGGCGGGCGCUGAGGUUGAGAAGGACGGGGCUGGGGAGGGGAAGGAGGAUGAGCAGGACAAGGAGGGAAACGGAGAGGAGGGGAAGAAGGAGGGUGGGGCCGGGGGGAAGGGACUGGAGGUGCAGUUUGAUGAUGGGAGGAAGAAGGGGGACAUCGUGCAGGUGGCGCGGUUCUUCUCGCGGAAGUGUGCGAUGGAGCCUGUGUCCAUGGAGGACAGGCAGCUGGCGGUGGAGGCGUCGGAAAUGAGGGUCACGAUCUUCCUGGGCAACCUGCCUGCGGAUUGGGGGACCGACGCGGCGCUGAGGGAGGCCAUGGAGCAGUACGGCCAGGUGGAGCGCUGUUUCACGAUGAGGAACAGGGAUGGGGAGAGCAAAGAUUAUGCGUUUGUGGAGUUCACCCUGCCCAGCGCUGCUGCAAAGUGCAAGGAGGUAUUGGACAAGCGUGCAUCAGAGACCUUUGAGCGACUGUUCUCCAUCAAGACGAGGGGGCACAGCAACGUGCGGAGCGAUCGGCAGAGUUAUGAUGCUGAACCUCGCAGCGGGCAGGAUGACAAGGACACCACUGCUGCCAAGACCAAUGGGAACAGGGACGAGCCCAUGGAUGCAAAAGAAGAGGGCGAAAAGGAGGCUGCAGAUGGCCAGGAUGGUUCUGUGAAUGAUGGAAAGGCCCAAGAGCACGAUCAAGAGGCACCUCCUGCUGAGUCUGGUGCUGAAGCAGGUGCUGAGAAGGAGGCCCAAAAGGAACAGGAUACAGAAGGAGGCGAAGACCAAGAGAUGGGGGGAGAUGAAGCUGCAACACAAGAGCCAAGAGCAGAUGCUGCAGUGCAGGUGGCUGAGGAAAAGGGGAAGGUCGAGUCUGUCCACAAAGAGGCCACGCCCACACCUGCACCCAUGCCUCAGCCAGCUCGCAGUGAGGUCCGUGAAAAGAUCCUCCGACCAGAAUGGUCCACGAACCGAACGGUUGCAUCCAUGUUUGGCAGAACACUUUAUGUUGCCAACCUGCCACUCCAAGACGACGAUGGUGUCCUGAAACGUAUCUUUGGGCAGUACGGGCCCGUCCUAUCCUGCAACUUUGGUAAGACGAAGAUCACUGGCUAUGGGAAGGGGUUUGGGUUCGUCGAGUUCAGCAGGAGCGACCAUGCGGAUGCCGCAUUCAGGGCUCUGGACCGGGUGGACCAUCCGGAGCUGGGUUGCCUGCUGAUCACGUUUGUAAACCCCUCCAAGACGGACAGUGAACAGCGCACCAGGCUGUACAAUAGGAAGUGGACUCCACAGAGUCAGAGGUAUGGGUAUGCAGGUGGCAGGGGUGCUGGGGGUGGACGAGGUAUUCCCCCGGCCAACCGACCGUACAGCAUCCAGCCAAGCAGGGGAGGGCGUGGGUUGCCUGGACAGGGCUACGGCUAUGGGGCACAAAUGCAGUCACAUUCCUACGGGAUGGGAGGCAGAGUGCAGCCCACCGCCCAGGCUGCUGGUGCAGGAAGGGGAUCGCACAACAUGAUGGCGAUGGCCUAUGCGCAGCAGCAGAUCAAUGCCGCGCGUGCCCACCAGCAGAUUCAGCUGCGCCAGAUGCAGAUGAUGUACCAGCAGCAGACUGCACAGAUGCAGGCCCAGUACCAGAACCAGGUACUGCAGGCUCAGCGCCAGUCACGGCAGGCCAUGGAGCAACUGGCUGCAGAGAAGAAGGCCACCCAACAGGCUGUUGCAGCAGCGCAGGCACGGCAGCAGGCAGCUGCAGCCGCUGCUGCAAAGUCGUCGCAACAGGCGUCGGCCCAGCCCCGCCCCGCCCAACAGGUAGGCGCACGACCACAGGUCAUGUCACAACAGCAAUCAGCUGGUGCGUACCAGGCGGCCACGAUGGCGAGCAGGCAGCAAGUCCAGCCGGCAAGGCAAGGGGGUGCACAGGCCGCAGGGUACGGGAGCCAGGGCUACAUGUACUCUGGUCAGCAAGCCACCCAGCAGUCCCAGGCGCAGCAGCCUCAAGCCCAACAGCAGGCGCAGGCGUAUGGCCAGCAAGGGUACUACCAGUCUGCAUACACGCAGCCAUCAAGUUACAACCAGCAGGCAAUGUAUCAACAGCAAUAUGCCACUGCCGCUGCCCAGCCUACGGCCUACACCGCUCAGUCCGCGCAGACUGCGACGGGGUAUGGUGCCCAGUCUGCUUACCAGUCGGGCUACGGCACUGCCCAGCAGCAGCAACAGCAGCAAUACGCCGCAGCAUAUGGGCAGGCACAGCCCCAGGCAGGCUAUGGAGCCACGCAGACGCAAACCCAGGCAGGCUAUGGGACUACACAGGCAGCUUAUGGCACGGCCACCCAGAGUGGUUACGGGGCUGCUCAGCACACAUAUGGCCAGGCGGGGUAUGGCCAAGGGGUGUAUGGGCAGCAGAUAGCGCAACAAGCACAACAAGCCGCUGGACAGCAGGUUGCGGGGCAGAAGCGGGACGGCACAGCGACCCAAUACCAGGCUGGGUAUGGCUACGACGCCAGUCAGGGGAGCCAGGACUACAAGCGGGCAAGGUAUUGA